AGCCCUUCCCCGGCUCGGACGUUUGACUUGUUUCGUGAGUCUUGGUCUUCUUUGUCUUCUGAGCCAUGGCUGGUCUCUUGCGUCGUGCCGCAAGGUGCCAGGCCGCACUGCCCCUCCGCGGCAGCGUGGCGAAGGGUCCCAUCAAGCCCAUCGGCCCCAACUUCCCGAUCGCCUCUGAGAAGGCGAUGGGACCCAACGGCUGGAUGAGGGGAACCUACCACUUCUGGAGCUUGUCCAAGCCCUUCAGGGGAUCCGUAUACCAAACUCCCUGGGUCGCGGGUGGCAUCCACAACCCAACCAUCGAUCCGGUCAUUCACUUCAACACCCAGGACCGAUUCCAAACAAUGACCGCCUGGGAGUUCAUCAAGUGCUUCCUCUACAACAUGCUCACAGCACGUGUUUGGUUAGUCAUGGUCGCUGCCAG